GUGGACUGCGUCUCAGGAAAGGUCUUCUUCAGCGCGGAGGCGGAGCCGGGCGAGCUGAGGAAGCUCAGGUCCGGAGAGCGGCUGUUUCUGCUGGUUAAGAAGCACACCCCGCUCGCGGUUUCUAGAAGUAAAGGGAAAAUGCUGCAUGAGAUUAAAAGCCUUGCCAUUGAGGAACCAAAGUAUUGGCUGGAUGUUAUCUCUAUUUGGAGAAACCUUCACAGGCAUGAGAGGAAUAAAGAUGAUGUCUCUCAAGAAAACCCAUUGCCUCUGAAGAGAAAAUCAGAAGAGUCAAAUAUUGCAACUAAAAGGCAGAAAACAGAGCAAGUGAGAGAGACACUGUCUGAGGAAUGUCAAGUGCAAGCUGGAGAGACACGUGUAGUACCAGAAAGAAAGAAUGAUCAGGACUGCAGGACUGAAAGCAAGGCUUCCUUAGAAGACCCUUCCGAAAGCAGUGGAGAGAAACCUAUUGCGAAUGAGCAGUUUAGUUUCAGUUUCAGAGUUUCUUGUCGUUGUAGUGGAGCGAUUGCCAAAAUACUUACUUCACAGGAGAUUGGAAGAGCCGUUGGCAUAGCGCUCAUGAAGCAGUUUGGGUGGCAGGCUGAUCUGCGGGACCCGGAUCUAGAGAUCUUCGUGCAUCUUAAUGACAUUCACUCUGUGGUGGGGAUUCCUCUUUUCAGGCUUCCACUGGCAAACAGAGAGUAUAUCAAAACAGUAGGGCUGCGGUCAACAAUCGCAUGGGCCAUGGCAUCUCUGGCUGAAAUCAGUGCGGGUGCUUUUGUGCUGGAUCCCAUGUGUGGGCUAGGAACAAUACUGCUGGAAGCUGCCAGAGAGUGGCCUGAAGCCUGUUACUGGGGUGCUGAUAUAAGUGAUUCACAGUUGGAGGGUGCAGAUGUGAAUAUUAAGACUGCAGGCUUGAUGGAUAAGAUUGAAUUACUUAAAGCUUCUGUGAAAGCAUUGCCGUUGCCUUCAGAAAGCUUUGAUGCUGUGAUUUCGGAUAUUCCAUUUGGGAAGAAGUUCAAAAUCACAAAAGACAUACAGCUCUUUCCAGAUAUUCUCCAAGAAAUGGACAGAGUACUUCGUGUUGGAGGCAUUAUUGUAUUGCUGCUGAGCCAAGAUCUCCAUAAGCACAUGGAUGGCAUUACUGAGUGUGCUGAAAAUGACUCUGCUAAUGCCAUUUCUGGUGGCACAAGUGAAACCACCACUGCAAAAGCCCUGAAUGUUGAUGGGAAUUCUUCCUCCUUGGUGAAUGUUGCUGAAGAAUCCUGUCUCAGGAGCAGACAGACAUGUUUUGGGUCUCUGGUGCCAUGUGGCGUCCAUGGAGUUAGUCUUGGAAAGACAGAUGCUUUCAUAUACAAAUACAGGAAGAUCUCUGCUGCUGGGAAUCAGUAGCUUUCUUGCACUGUGCCUAAGUAAACUUGAUUCCUGAUACACUUGAAAAGCCACAUG